AUGGUGGCAGAGACGAAACUGUACGAUGCCUUGAGCAUCCAACCCAGUGCCUCACAGGACGAAAUAAAAAAGGCCUAUCGCAAAGCAGCCUUGAAGUGGCACCCUGAUAAGAACAAAAAUGACCCCAAAGCCUCAGAGAAAUUCAAAGAGGUAUCACAAGCCUACGAAGUCCUCUCAGACCCGGAGAAGCGCAAAGUCUACGAUCAGUUCGGUCUAGAGUACCUUCUGCGCGGGGGCCCUGCGCCCUCACCUGGCGGUGGCGGUGGCGGGGGAGGUGCUGGUCCAGGUGGCAUGCCUGAAGGCUUUGGCUUUGGCGGCAUGCCCAGUGGUGGAGGUGGUACCCGGACCUUCCAUUUCUCAACUGGCCGUGGUGGUAAUGGCGGUUUCAGCUUCAGCAAUGCUGACGACAUUUUCCGCAACUUUGCCAAGUCAUCCGGAGGUAUGGGAGGUGGGGUCGGGGGCAUGCCCGGUGGAUUCGACGAUGACAUCCUCUCGUCCAUGUUCAAUGGUAUGGGUGGUGCUGGAGGUGGUGGAUUCCGAAGCCGUCCCAGCACUGGGAACUUCUCGUCGGCCAAAGCAAAUCGGGCGCCCACCCCGGAACCAACUGUCAUUGAGAAGGAUCUGCCGGUUACCCUGGAUGAAGUUUUCAAGGGAGUGAAAAAGACGGUCGUUGCGAAAAGCAAAUCCUUCGAUACGAGUGGGAAGCGCACUGUUAAAGACGUGCCCUUGGAGGCCGUCAUCAAGCCUGGUAUGCGAGCCGGCACCAAGAUCAAAUAUCGCAACAUUGGCGAUGGAGAAGAAGGUGGCCGACAGGAUAUGCAUUUGAUCGUGAAAUACAUUGAUCAUCCCGACUUCAAGCUCGAGCGCGAUAACCUGGUCACAACCGUGGAACUCAGUCUGAAGGAAGCCUUGACUGGCUGGGAACGGAUUGUGCGAACGAUUGACGGCAAGUCCAUCCGUGUCUCCAAGCCUGGUCCCACGCAGCCUGGUCACGAAGAACACUAUCCAGGCUGGGGUAUGCCGAAUCCUAGAAAGUCCGGCGAGCGUGGCGAUUUGGUCGUUCGGGUCAAGGUCAACUUCCCUAAGACCUUGAGCUCUGAGACCAAGACCAUUCUCAAGGAUUUGCUUCCUUGA